GUAAGAAGAAACUAAGGAAACCAAAAACAUGGAAGGCCAAUAGAGUCAAAAUCCUCAAAAAAUCGGGAAAGGCGUUCAAGUCACGAGGUAAACUAAAAAAGAAAUCCCUGCUAGCCAAAUGCGACCUCCUUGCGGAGAAAAAUGUUGUUUAAAAUGUAGCAUCAAACUCAACUCCACAACUCGUCAAAAUUUUUUUGAUGCAUUUUGGGGUCUCGGAGAUCUUCAGCGACAAAGGGAGUACAUUGUGCGGCAUACCCACGAAAUAAAGCCCAAGUAUCGUUAUACAAGCACGAAAAACUAUCGGAGCCUAAAUACUGCUUUCUAUUUUGAAGAGAAUAACUCGCGCAUUCGUGUUUGUAAGAACUUUUUCAAGGCCACCCUUGAUUUGGGUGAUCAAGCAAUUAAAACAGCGUUAAUGAAAAAGUCGGAGGCUCGGUUUAUAGAAGGAGAGCAAAGAGGAAAACAUAAAAAUUAUCCUACAGUAGACCCUGCAGUUGAAGAAAGCGUUGUUCAAUUUAUCAACUCCAUUCCACGGGUCGAAUCGCACUAUCUCCGAGCUCAGACUACACGGGAGUACAUUCAAAGCGAAAGAUCAUUUGCAAAUAUUUACCAAGAUUACAAGUACUUACGUCAAGCUAAUAACUGGCCAUUUGCUUCCGAAUCAACAUUUCAACGCAUUUUCAAUGUGCAAUUCAACAUCGGCUUAUUUAGUCCCAAAAAAUAUUUGUGCGAUUUGUGUGAAAGCUACAAAAAUGCCAGUGAAGAAAAAAAAUUAAAAUUACAGCAAGACUAUGAACAGCUUCUGCUUGAGAAAGACCUAGCUCGAAGUGAGAAGAAGAAGGACAAGAAAGAAUCUGAUGCUAUAGUAGUAGUUUACGACCUCCAGGCAGUAAUGCAGAUUCUUAAAGAACAAGUCUCCCUGUUCUUUUACAAGUCUAGAAUAAACUGCUUUAAUUUUACUAUUAGUGAUUUGCACGCUAAGAAUGUGGACUGUUUUUUUUGGGAUGAGACUAAAGGGAAGCGUGGUGCCGUAGAAAUCGGAAGCUGUGAUUUAGCGUUUAUAGAAAUGCAUCUAAACAAUCGUCCCAGUGGAGACAUAGAUUUGAUAUUUUAUUCAGACAACUGUUGCGGGCAGCAAAAAAACAAGUAUUUAUUGUCUGCUUAUGCCUAUGCUGUAUGCAAUAUGAGAGUGAAGUCUAUCACCCAUAAGUUUUUGAUAAGAGGCCACUCGCAAAAUGAAGGGGAUAACGUGCAUAGCGUUAUAGAAAAGCAAGUGAAAAGGCACAUAAAAUCUGGUCCUAUUUACAUGCCAUUGCAGUAUAUAACACUGAUUCUAUCUGCCAAAAAAUCUGGACCAGCAUACAAAGUGCAUGAAAUGACACAUGAUCGCUUUUAUGACUUAAAAGCUUUACAAGAAGCUUGGGGUACGAAUUUUAAUAUGGAUGAAGACAAGAAGCAAGUAAAGUGGCAUGACAUAAAAAUGCUCAAAGUUGAAAAGGAUAGUCCCAUGGUGUUUUUUAUAAAACAUCUUUUGCAGAAGCCGAAUUCAAAAAAUGUUGGGUGA